AGUGUGUCCAGUUCAGUGGGGAAAGUGGACAGUUGUUCCUGGGCAUGAGAGGAGACCUGCACACACUCAAUAACGCACACCUACUGGACAACCAGCUACAGUUUCUGUGUAAUGAGGACACAGUGCCUGACCCACCCAUUUCCUCUACUAAGACCUAUAAACACCAGCCUGAGUGGUCUCCCAUCUGCAAACUGCACUGUUCUGAAGAAAAGGAGAUCAAUGAUCCAGAUUGGGAGUGUGUGUUGGUACGAGAUCGAGACCUACGAGGCCUGCAGAGUGGAGAGACCCAGAGCAGCAGGACGAGGAAGAGCACAAAUCAGACCAGGAGAGAGGCCUUCACACGCUACGUAGAGCUACUGUACCGCCAGCCCUUAGGGAUUGUUAUACCAGAGGAUGAUUCGUUUGAUCUGCUCACUGCACUCUGUUCUCCAAAACCAUCUGAACCUCAACCUCUGAUCCCUCCACUUCUACAAGACGGCUUCUUCCCUAACCGCAGCCAAGCAACGAAGCGAGAUGAAGUGAAGUCAGACCACCCUCGUCAAAAAACCCCUGGCUUUGUGCCCAACUCCGUGCUGGCUGGCCGCCUGUGGCCCGAUGUGGUCAUGGACGAGGUCCCACUCACCAAACCGUGGACACUACAGGCUGACCUUGGGCAUGAUCUCAUGCAGAGUGAGAUGGAUGAGAGGCAGUUUGAGGAGUAUGAUUCGGGCUCUCCUGUACACCUCCUAGAGACUCCACCCAAACCACAAUGUCCUACACCACCUCCAGCUCCAGCCCCACCCCCUGCCCCACCCCAGCCCAAGAAGAUGGAAUACAUGCUGAAGCCACUAAAGCCCCUCCCUCCCAUUAAGAAAGACCCACCUCCACCACCUCAAACCCUACCUCCAUUUCCACCCAAACCUGAUACUCCCCCACCUCCUCACCCCUCCUCACCACAGCUGCCCCACUUCCUGUGCCAGUUCCUGCAGGAGCAGUGGUUCUGCACCAUGUAUCCUGACCGAAGAAGUAUUCCUGAGACUCUGAGUGCGACUGAGUUCUGUGAUCAGCUGCUGGAUUUUCUGAAGUGCUGCAGUUUGGAACACAAGUUGUGUGUCCUGAGAGCCAUCGUCACCCUACACACACAGGGUCUGCUGGACAACAUCCAGCACAUCACACAUACCCUGCUGGCUUUACACCACACCAUCCGCCACAGCAACAUGAUGGAUAAGGAUGGUUUUGCAACAGAGCUGCUGAAUUUCUUGGUGUGUGUGAAUCCUCACAGCUAUGACAUCACUGUGGAGCUCCUUACCCUACUGGCCAACAAAGAGCUGCGACUACAGGGCAUUGCCAGGGGCAUACUGCAGGCUCUGGGAGUGGACGAUGCCCAGCGCUGGAUCCUCCCACAGUUGCAGCCUUGGCAGGGGUACCCUCAGCAAACCCUGAGAGAGGCAGCUUACCUCUGGCUUCACAGCUGGGCUGAGCAGUACAGAGUGCUGAAGAGGCCAGCAUUAGUGCAGGACGCACAGGGCAAGAGUGUGGUGGCACCUGCUGAAGUGCUGUGCUACUUCUGCUGGAUACAGAGGGAGGCACAGACGCAACCCCCACCACCGCCACUAGAGGGCAGGAAAGACACCGUGCGCCUCGACACACGGUCACACAGAUGGGAGGCAGUCCAGCGUCUGGGUGAGACACACACUAUGUCGCGGCUACGGGAACCUCAGGGGCUGGUGUUGCCGCCAUUGGUGUCACGGCCGUUCCUGAUGGGUUUCACACGUCUGCUCUCUCUGCCCCUCCCCCGUGUAACCCUGUCCUCAUUCCCAUUCUCACUGGACCCACACUGUCUCAGAGAGGCCUUACCCCAGCGCUACUUCAUCCUGGAGCGAUCCUACACCCACUACUACAGAUGAAGCCCCCUCAGAUCCUACACCCACUACUACAGAUGAACCCCCGUCAGAUCCUACACCCACUACUACAGAUGAACCCCCCUCAGAUCCUACACCCACUACUACAGAUGAACCCCCGUCAGAUCCUACACCCACUACUACAGAUGAACCCCCCUCAGAUCCUACACCCACUAUAUAAACCCUCCCAUGAGACAUGCCAGCAACACACCAUUCCACCAUCUUUAUCUUUUCAUUGCACACUAAUGUAGGACUAGGCUCAUGAGCCUUUAUCCCUUACCCAACCUUUAAUGUAGGACUACACUCAUGAGCCUUUAUCCCUUACCCAACCUUUAAUGUAGGACUACACUCAUGAGCCUUUAUCCCCUACCCAACCUUUAAUGUAGGACUACACUCAUGAGCCUUUAUCCCCUACCCAACCUUUAAUGUAGGACUACACUCAUGAGCCUUUAUCCCUUACCCAACCUUUAAUGUAGGACUACACUCAUGAGCCUUUAUCCCUUACCCAACCUUUAAUGUAGGACUACACUCAUGAGCCUUUAUCCCUUACCCAACCUUUAAUGUAGGACUACACUCAUGAGCCUUUAUCCCUUACCCAGCAUUAAAUGAUCCAGGUCUUGAAGUAUCUGCAAGUGUUUCCUAUAGCUAAUAAUUUUCUGUCUGCUAACAUUUCUAUUCACUUCUCUGUUCAACUGAAACGGCACCAUUUCAAAAUA